AUGUCCAUCUGCGCCAGCUGCCGUGCUGUAUGGCGACAAUCUCUUCGUCGCAAUGCCUGCCGUACGCAGUCCGCAGCUUUCUCAACCAAAUACCCCUCGACAGCAUCACAAAUUCUCGCCAAGCCAACAUGGUCUGUUAGAUCUCUAACUUCGCCACUAAAUGAUGCGUCUCCAGUCGAGGCCAUCUCAUCAUCACAGCUCCACCACUUGCUCCGGCUAUCGGCGCUCCCCCUACCAACGUCGAAGGAGGAGGAGGCUUCCAUGAUCAAGACGCUACAAAGCCAACUUCAAUUUGUACGCGCAGUACAACGUGUCGACACUAAAGGGGUUGAGCCUUUACGAGCCAUACGAGACGAAACACUACAAGGAGUAAAAGAAAGAACGGUGUCACUGGACAGCCUCCGAGAGGUUCUCGAUCAGGAGACCACGGUUGGGCAUUACAAACGCCCACGGAGAGUCAAAUCCAACGUGCAAUCAGAUGCGGAAGACUGGGAUCCCUUAUCGGCAGCGUCGGAAAAGGCAGGCAAAUACUUUGUAGUAGAUGCAAAGAAAGCCGGACAGGAUUAA